GACGUUUGGUGGGGAGCAUAAAAGCAACAACAACAAGGAGAAGAAGAAGAAAAAAUACACAUAUUUUUUAUUAACAGACAUUAUUUUUUAACGCCAAAUAAAAGUGAAUCAGAGAACUUGAUUAGUCGAGCACAGCAACUUCAAUUUGAAACAUUUCAAUGAAAGAAACCCACAAAUAACCAAGAAAAAUAAUUUUAACAAAAAAUUGUAUAAAUUGUGUGCGUGGUAAAGAAGCAAAAUAUUAAAAUAAAUUGCAAAAAAAGAAGAAAAGAAAUUAAAACCAAGUUGUGAAAGAGUUUUACAGUUUUUUUUUCAUUAAAUUCGCGGAAAUAUUGAGGGAAAAGAAUUUGGAGCAGCAAAUUCAUUUACGGCAACAUAAAAAACAAGAUUUGCGUUUGUGAAAAAAUAGAAAUAAGCUAAAAAGGAAAAAUUGUGAUUAUUAUACAUAAAUUUUAAUUUGAAAAAGCAAAAAAAAAAGUUUAAAUAAUUUGUGUUUAUUUUUAUAAAAAAACAGAAGUCUUGUUAAUUCAACUGCAGCCAUGGAAGAUUUAGAUGCUUUACUUGCCGAUUUGCAAAAUAGUGUGCCUGGUCAUCAACCUCAACAUCAGCAGCAGCCUCACUAUGCUACCACACAAACAGUGACAUCGGUUCAACAACAACGUCAAGUACCACAGCCACAACAUCAUCAACAACAGCAGCAGCAGCACAAUUAUAUAGAAUCUUCAUCUGGCUAUGGAAGUCUUCGCGGCAAAGCUCCUCCACCAACACAGCCUAUUUAUCAAGAACAUUAUUCUGAAACACGCACAUCGGUAUCACCCUCUGCUGGCCAACCUCAUCAUUUGGGCGGUUAUAAUGGCAUUGGCAAUAGCAAUUCUUCUAGUCAUUAUCAAAAUCAAGGAGCCAUACCUCGUCAACAGUACAAUGGUACAAAUGUUGGCGGUAUGGGUCCCACAUCCGCCUCAUUACAUCAGCAGCAGUUGAAUACGGCUAGUAAUUUAUCGGAAUUGGAUUCAUUGUUGCAAGAUUUGAGCAGUGCCCGAUACAAUGGCAAUGGUUAUGAUAGAAAAGACACGUCAGGUCCAUCCGGUUUUCAUAGUACGCCAUCAUCUAAAUACAAUACUUAUAAUAGUUAUGCUUCCGUAGAAGAACGUCCAACUGUAGAUAGUUUAUUAAAUGAAAUGGAUAAUGCCUCUUUAUAUGCUGUACCCAAUGGAGCACGCACUAAAUCACCAACACCUGGCCGUCAUGUUACCAUUACUGUACGUGAAACUAAAACUGAAAAUCUUGCUGGACCCGAAGGACCAGUGAGACAAAUGGAAGAGAAAGUUGUUAAACAAAAGGAUUCCUUUACACCAAAUAAUGCUGCCCAUCAAGCUUAUGCUUCAUCGGCAACUAAAGAAUUGGAUGAUUUAAUGGCUUCACUUUCAGAUCUUAAGGUGAACAACGGUUCGAAUCAUUAUCAUCAAACGAUAACUGAUUACGCUAAACCCAAUAAGGGCACUUCACACUUGACUCAGACCAUAACUGAGACUACAACUUCUACCCUUGUAGAAGAUAAUCAACCGGAUCAAUUGGAUUCUAUGCUCGGUAGUUUACAAGCCAAUAUGAAUCGUCAAGGUGUCAACACUGUACAAAAGGGUUGCUGCAAUGCCUGCGAAAAACCCAUUGUUGGACAAGUCAUCACUGCUUUGGGCAAAACCUGGCAUCCAGAGCACUUUACUUGCAAUCACUGCAACCAAGAAUUGGGCACACGCAACUUCUUUGAACGCGAUGGUUUCCCCUACUGUGAACCCGAUUAUCACAAUCUCUUCAGUCCUCGCUGUGCCUACUGCAAUGGUGCCAUUUUGGAUAAAUGUGUAACUGCUUUGGACAAGACCUGGCAUACAGAACAUUUCUUCUGUGCCCAAUGUGGCCAACAAUUCGGUGAAGAUGGCUUCCAUGAACGUGAUGGCAAACCCUAUUGCCGCAACGAUUACUUUGAAAUGUUUGCACCCAAGUGCAAUGGCUGCAAUCGUGCCAUUAUGGAAAAUUACAUUUCUGCCUUGAACUCUCAAUGGCAUCCCGAUUGCUUUGUCUGCAGGGAUUGCCGACAACCCUUCCAUGGUGGUUCAUUCUUCGAUCAUGAAGGUUUGCCCUACUGUGAAACUCACUAUCAUGCCAAACGUGGUUCAUUGUGUGCUGGCUGUUCGAAACCCAUAACGGGUCGCUGUAUUACAGCCAUGUUUAAGAAAUUCCAUCCGGAACAUUUUGUUUGUGCCUUCUGUUUGAAACAAUUGAAUAAGGGUACAUUCAAGGAACAAAACGAUAAACCCUACUGCCACACUUGCUUCGAAAAGAUUUUUGGUUAAAAAAAAAAAACUAAGCGGAAAAAUGUCUGUUACAUGUCUGCAAAGUAAAAAAAAAAACAAAUCUAAAUAAAAUGAAAUUUUAAUUAAGAGAUGUGUUAAAUUAAAAAAAUCUAUAUAUUUAUGUUACUACGAUUACUGCAAUAAACAGGCACAAUAAUGUUAAGAUUUUUGUAUAAUUUAUAUUAUAUUUAAAUUCUUUAACAACUACAACAACAGCAACAAAAUGCACUAAAGUGUAUUAAUUUAUUUUCUUUUUUUUUAGAUUAUUAAGUUUA